GAGCUGUCAGCGGCCCCGGUGUCGCGGUGUCGCGGCCGUGUCGCGGUGUCGCGGCCAUGGCGGGGCUGCUGCCGGCGCUGGUGGCGGUGUCGCAGAAGGCGGCGGAGGUGGCGCGGCGCUGCCGGGCGGAGGAGCCGCUCUUCCGGCUCCUGGUGGCCGAGAAGUCGGGCCCGGAGCGCAGCGCCCGCUUCGAGCGCGACUUCAAGACGCUGGCGGAUGUCCUGAUCCAGGAGCUCAUCAAACACGACCUGGGGACACAGUUCCCCGAGCUCCGGGGACACAUCCACGGCGAGGAGAGCAGCGAGUUCAGGGACGCGCACGGUGGCAUGGUGACAGUGCGGGUCGGUGCCACCCCGGAGGACACGGUGGCCCUGCUGGUGGCCGUGCUGGGCCCCGAGCACACGAGGGCGGCCGAGCUGCUGGCAGAGGCCGUGCACCAGGAGGUGACACUUGGGGACACGGAGCUGGAUGGCAUCGACCCGGGAUUGUCCCCAGGAGAGCUGGGGAUCUGGAUAGACCCCAUUGACUCCACCAACGAGUUCAUCGGGGGGCGCGAGGACGUGGCCGCCGUCGAUGGCGUCGCCCCCGGGGGGCUGCGCUCGGCCCUGGUGCUCGUGGGGGCCUUCGACCGCCGCAGCGGGGUCCCCGUGCUGGGCGUCAUCAACGAGCCCUUCUUCCAGAGGGACCCCCAGAGCCACAGGUGGCAGGGUCGCUACCACUGGGGGGUGGCUCACGGUGCCACCCGCCUGUGCUCGCUGUCCCCUCCGGUGCCCCGUGCGCGCCCCCGCGUGGUGCUGAGCCGGGCCGAGAGCGCGGCCGUGCGGGGGGCUCUGGCCUCGCUGGGGGGUGGUCCCCCGCUUUUCGCGGCCGGGGCCGGCUACAAACUGCUCUGCGUGGCGCUGGGGCUGGCGGACGCCUUCGUGCUCUCGCAGGCCACCACCUUCGCCUGGGACUCGUGCGCCCCGCACGCCGUGCUCAGGGCCCUGGGCGGGGGCGUCGUGGCCUUGGCGGGGGCGCUGCGGGCGGGGGGCGGCACCGGGGACCCCCCCGAGCUGCGCUACCACCGGCCCGGAGCGGGCGGGAGCGGCCCCGAGCGCUGGGCGAACCGAGAGGGGCUCGUGGCGUUCGUGCAUCCGCCGGUGCUGCGGGCGGUGCUGGGGGCGCUGGGGGCGCUGGGGGACGGCGGCGGUGAGCGGGACCGGGAGCGGGUGGGGAACGGCCCCGGGACCACCGGAAACGGGACCGGGACCAGGACCGGGACCACCGGGACUGGGGGAGAAAUGGCACCGGGACCGGGGGGAUCGGAGGGGGAAACGGCACCGGGACCAGCGGGAGUGGGUGGAAGCGUUACCCGGGACCACCGGGAACCGGAAGGGGAACAGCCCCGGGAGCGGGGCAGGGGGAGAACAGCCCCGGGAACUCCGGGAGCACCGGGAGCGGGGCAUGAAGCAGAACCGGAACCGGGACCGGGACUUGGGAGGGAGCGGUACCGGGAGCACCGGGAACACCGGGAGCGGUACCGAGACCACCGGGCCGGGCUGGAGCGGUACCGGAGCCGGUACCGGUAG